ACACGCUUGCUCCAGUGCCUUGCUUAAUUUGCACAAGAAAAGCUAGCACACUCAAGGCGCAAACAAUGGGUGUUUCUCUUCUUUCAUCGCCAGCAAUAUUUCCGGGAGUACUCUUUCUUUUCUCAUUCACUACGGUGUGUCUCGUUCCUGAGAUUGCACUUGCUGGCAUAACCAGGCACUACAAGUUUGAUAUCAAACUGCAAAAUGUGACGCGACUGUGCCACACAAAGAGCAUUGUGACAGUAAACGGGCAGUUUCCUGGGCCUCGCAUUGUAGCUAGGGAGGGUGACCAACUUCUUAUCAAAGUGGUUAAUCAUGUCCAGAACAAUAUCUCCAUCCACUGGCAUGGCAUUCGACAGCUUCAAACAGGGUGGGCUGAUGGUCCAGCAUAUGUAACCCAGUGUCCCAUUCAAACUAGCCAGACCUACGUGUACAACUUCACCAUUGUAGGCCAGAGAGGCACUCUUUUCUGGCAUGCCCACAUAUCGUGGCUUAGGUCAACUGUAUAUGGUCCUCUUAUCAUUCUUCCCAAGCGUGGCGUUCCUUACCCAUUUGCCAAACCCUACAAGGAAUUAGUUCCAGUCAUCUUCGGAGAAUGGUGGAACGUAGAUACUGAGGCAGUAAUUAACCAAGCCAUGCAAACAGGAGGCGGUCCAAAUGUCUCUGAUGCGUAUACCAUUAAUGGACUUCCAGGGCCACUCUAUAACUGUUCUGCCAAAGACACAUUCAAGCUGAAAGUAAAGCCCGGGAAGACUUACCUUCUCCGAUUGAUCAAUGCUGCACUCAACGACGAGCUCUUCUUCAGCAUUUCAAACCACACGCUCACAGUUGUCGAAGCUGAUGCUAUCUACGUUAAACCUUUUGAGACUAACAUAGUUCUCAUAGCCCCGGGACAGACCACGAAUGUUCUUCUAAAGACCAAAGCAGACUUCCCCAAUGCCACAUUUUUCAUGACUGCUAGACCAUAUGUGACUGGCCUAGGCACUUUUGACAACUCCACUGUUGCCGGUAUACUAGAAUAUGAAUUUCCACCCCAAACCCUUCAUUCAGUUGCUUCUGAUCAUUUUCGAAAGCUUCAGCUUUUCAAACCUGUUCUUCCUCCUCUCAAUGACACGUCCUUUGCUACAAGUUUUACGAACAGACUUCGUAGCUUGGCAAGUGCUCAAUUCCCUGCAAGUGUCCCUCAAAAAGUUGAUAGGCGUUUUUUCUUCACGGUAGGCCUUGGAACAAGCCCCUGCCAACAUAACCAGACCUGCCAAGGUCCUAAUGGAACAAGGUUCGCUGCUUCUGUUAACAACAUAUCCUUUGCACUCCCAACCACUGCCCUCCUCCAGUCUCACUUCUUUGGGAAAUCUAAGGGUGUUUACACCUCUGACUUUCCAAUCAGUCCCAUUUUUCCCUUUAAUUAUACGGGUACCCCACCAAACAACACUAUGGUGAGCAAUGAGACAAAGCUGGUAGUCUUGGCUUUUAACACUAGUGUGGAGCUUGUGAUGCAGGACACAAGCAUUCUUGGUGCUGAGAGCCACCCUCUCCACCUGCAUGGCUUUAAUUUCUUUGUUGUUGGGCAAGGUUUUGGAAACUUUGAUCCUAAUAAAGACCCGGCAAAGUUCAAUCUUGUUGAUCCUAUUGAAAGAAACACAGUUGGUGUUCCCUCAGGGGGUUGGGUGGCCAUCCGUUUUCUCGCAGAUAACCCAGGGGUUUGGUUCAUGCAUUGCCACCUGGAGAUCCACACCAGCUGGGGCUUAAAGAUGGGUUGGUUGGUCUUAGAUGGAAAGCUUCCAAAUCAGAAGCUGCUUCAUCCGCCGGCAGAUCUUCCAAAGUGUUGACCUUUCACAGUCUUCAUUCUCUCCUAUCAGAAAUUGUACCAAGUUUUUAUAUCUUUAUAACCCAUUUGAAACUCAUGUUUUGGCCCUUCUUUAGCAUUUAAACAAUUACUCUAUUUAUCCAUGUCAUGUGGAGGAG